CAGCAGCAGCAGCAGCAGCAGCAGCCCGCUGGCCUCCGGAACUCGAAGGAGUGGAGGGGACAAGGGCGCGCGCGGAGCCGCGGCGUUUGCUGCAGCAGCAGCAGCAGCAGCAGGGCUUACCUUCGGCUCCCGCUGCAGCAGCAGCGGGGCUUCUGCCGUGCUGCUGCAGCAGCGGCAGCAGGAACUGCUGCUGCUGCUGCGGCUUGCUGCUGCUGACAUGA